UCCUAAUUGUGCCGGCACCAGCGUCGCGUUACGCAGCGCCGCGACGCGUCCCGUGACACCUGCCGUGCCGUGCCGUGCCGUACCUUGCCGUGGCGUGUCGUGUCGCGCCGAGCCGCGGUCAUGACAGUGAUUGAGCCGACGUGAGCGAGCGUGUGACUAGGCUAGGCAGUGUCAUCGGGGAUUACCCGCGCCAUCAUGACCCGCCUGUCGUGGGUCCGGUGGCUGGGCGUGUUCCUCGCCGUGACCGUGUGCGCCCCGAGGGUCCCGGGCACCAGCGGCCAGAUCUUCCCCUUCUCCAACCUCAAGCACGUGUUCCAUCACAAGGCGAAGGGCGGCGCCCAGGCGACGACCCCCGCCGAGACGACCACCACGUCGACGACGCCGGAGCCGCCCACCACCACCACCCUGGCCCCGUACUUCGGGCCGUACGCGCUGCUGGACGACGAGGAGGGCUACAGGCACUACGUCAAGCCCAAGGCCAGUAAGCCCGGCAAGGCCAGGACGGCCAAGCCGGCCAAGCAGCGCGCCGAGGAGUCCCAGCAAUACCCGCAGCACGCCGCGAGGCCGUACAGCGCGCACCCCAAGCCGACGACGCAGCCCGCCAACGCCGCCAACGCGCGGCACAGCAAGCGGCCGUCGCACCUGGUGCCGCUCAAAAUCGCGUACGAACCCACCCCUUCCGCCCCGUCCGAGCCCCUGCAGGAGGCGCAGGAGGCCGUGGACGUGCUUGUGGCGCCCCCGGUGUACCUAACGCCCCCACGCUUGCCUGCUAACCUGCUGCCGGUGGACGACGCGGCGCCGUCGGCGUCCUCGUCCUCGGCGUCCCCGACGCAUGCCCCGGUGCUGCCGAUGCCGCCCGUGCCCGCCGUGUAUCUCCGACCGCCGGGGCCGCCGGGGCCGUCCGGGCCGCCCGAGCCCGUCCUCUUCAAGCCCAGCGAGCCGCUGCAGCUCGCGGACGUGGCGGAGGCCGCCGUGGCGCAGAGCACCAACCCGGCCAUCAAGACUAACACCGCCCCCGCUAACCACAAGCUAACCCCCGCGCCGCAGAACGCGCUGCCCGGCUCGCACACUAACAAGGACAAGCCGGCCAAGUUGAGCAACCACCGGCCCAGCCUGGACGAGGGCGACGCUCACGACCCGCUUCUUGUUGAAUCCAGCGCCGCCGAGAGCGCCGCCCAGCCCCAGCGCGCGCCCAAGUACAAGAACCACAAGCCGGUGCCCCAGCCGUCCGGACCGCCCCGGCCCGUCAGGUACCACAACCACAAGCCGGGCGGCCUGGACGAGCAGGAGUCCAUGACCAGCCUGCGCUACCGGAAGCGGCCCCUCAGCCCCCUGGAGCAGGAGGUGUCCGCCACGGGGCUGCAGCACGCGGGCAGCCACCCCGGCUACGCCGGCCUCAGCGACGGCGACCGCGUCGAGUUCCAGAUGCACGGCCUGCAGGGACCCAAGUCCUACAAGUUCGGCUACGACACUGGAAACGGGCAGAAUCGCCAGUUCCGGUACGAGGAGCGCGACCCCCACGGCAACGUCAAGGGCCACUACGGCUACGUGGACGAGCACGGCAAGCUGCAGGUCGUCAACUACAAGGCCGACUCCCAGGGCGGCUACAAGGCGGACGUCAGCAAGCUGCACACCUAGCGGCCCGGCGGCGUGCACGGCGUGCACCAGGAAGUUGUCCGGAGUGUCGAGUCACUGACUUGAAGCGAUUUGGCUCGGCGGCAGGGGGCGCCCCUCCCUCCCCACCUCCCUGGGCACGCGUCUGAGGUUCCUGUGAUAAGCGGAGCGCCCACCGGUCGCUAACCAAAUCGCGCCGAUCGUUCGAAUUGACCAGCGAGGUGGCGCCCAGUCGCGCCGCCUGUAGACAUUCCAGCCAGUGGUGUGGCGGCGGAGAAACGGGAGAGAGAGAGAAAGAGAGAGAGAGAGAGAGAGAGAGAGAGAGAGAGAGAGAGAGAGAGAGAGAGAGAGAGAGAGAGACAGAGAGAGAGACAGAGAGAGAGAGAGCGGCAGGAAAGAAAGGACCGAACGGACUGGCUGCACCUCCACGCGCCCUGCGGGCCCUGCGGCUGUGCCUUGGCUGUGCCUCCACGCCUCGGUGCCUCUACUCAAUUCGUUGUGACAGCGACAGCAGCGACAGUGGAGUGGAGUGCCGCGGCGCAGUGCGGCGCAGUGCACCGCAGUGUCACGGAUGUCC